AUGGCUCGCUUGUCACAGAUUCUUCUGGCCUGCGCCCUCGCUGUCAAGACCUUCGCUGCUCCCGUUGCGUCGCUGGAGGAGGAGGAGGAACGUGCCUCCAACUUCUCUUCUGCGCUGGCCGCGCGCUCAACUGCUAGUUCCACCGGCUGGAGCAACGGCUAUUACUACUCCUUCUGGACGGAUGGUGCAAGCGGAGAUGUCGAAUACACCAACGGGAACGGGGGGAGCUACUCGGUGAGCUGGAAUUCCGCAUCCAACUUCGUCGGGGGCAAAGGCUGGAAUCCGGGCAGUGCCAGAACCAUCACGUACUCCGGCUCGUGGACCAGCACCGACAACAGCAACAGCUACCUCUCCGUCUACGGGUGGACCACCAGCCCUCUGGUUGAAUACUACAUUCUGGAGGACUAUGGCGAGUAUAAUCCGGGCUCGGCUGGCACCUACAAGGGAAGCGUCUACAGUGACGGGGCGACGUACGAUAUCUACACCGCUACCCGCACCAAUGCUCCCUCCAUCGACGGUACGGCCACCUUCCCGCAGUAUUGGUCCAUUCGUCAGUCCAAGCGCGUCGGCGGCACCGUGACCACUGCCAAUCAUUUCAAUGCUUGGGCGGCGCUUGGGAUGGAUCUAGGAACUCAUAACUACCAGAUUGUGGCCACGGAGGGGUACUAUAGCAGUGGGUCUGCGUCAAUCACCGUCUCUUGA